GGUUGCUUAGACAGUCUCUGAGGGGUUUAGGGGAAGCAAUCUCUGUUCUGGCCCCAAUCUAGCUGUCCUGUCACUGAACUAUCUCUCUACCCUGAGGCGGGUGACGAAUCACAGCCCAGGCACCAGGCCAGGGCAGCCCCGCCCAGGAUCUUUCAUAACUGCAGGCGUUACGGUAGCCAGGGCGGCCAGCAGAGCUUGGACGGCCAGGAGGAAGGGCAGCUUAGCAGAGUCUCAGUGGCAGGAUGGACCCCUUCUCAGACACACUGCGGCGACUGCGGGAGGCCUUCAGCUCAGGGUUGACGAGGCCCGCCGAGUUCCGGGCUGCGCAGCUCAAGGGCCUGGGCCGCUUCCUGCAGGACCACAAGCAGCUGCUGCAGGAGGCACUGGCACAGGACCUGCGCAAGUCGGUCAUAGAGUCGGAGGUGGCUGAGACCAGCACGAGCCAGCGUGAGGUUAAGUUGGCCCUCAGGAACCUGCGGGCCUGGAUGAAGGAUGAGAAAGUGACCAAGAACCUGGCCACGCAGCUGGACUCCGCCUUCAUCCGGAAGGAGCCCUUGGGCGUGGUGCUCAUCAUCUCUCCGUGGAACUACCCCGUGUACCUGUCCCUGAUGCCUCUGGUGGGCGCCGUCGCAGCAGGGAACUGCGUGGUGCUGAAGCCCUCCGAGAUCAGCAAGAACACUGAGAAAGUCCUGGCCGAGGUGCUGCCCCGGUACUUGGACCAGAGCUGCUUUGCUGUGGUGCUGGGCGGGCCCGAGGAGACACAGCAGCUGCUGGAACACAAGUUCGACUACAUCUUCUUCACGGGGAGCACUCGGGUUGGCAAGACUGUCAUGUCCGCUGCCGCCAAGCACCUGACACCCGUCACGCUGGAGUUGGGGGGCAAGAACCCCUGCUACGUGGACGACAACUGCGACCCCCAGACCGUGGCCAACCGCGUGGUCUGGUUCCGCUACUUCAACAUGGGCCAGACCUGCGUGGCCCCCGAUUACGUUCUGUGCAGCCCGGAAAUGCAGGAGCGGCUGCUGCCUGCCCUGCAGAGUGCCAUCACCCGUUUCUAUGGCGAGGACCCCAGGAACUCCCCAGACCUGGGCCGCAUCAUCAACGAGAAGCAUUUCCAGAGGCUGCAGGGCCUGCUGGGCUGUGGCCGUGUGGCCAUCGGGGGCCAGAGCGACGAGACGGAGCGUU